GCAAGAUAAAAUUAUUUGGAAGAACGAAGGCAAGAUUUAAUUGGUGAGAUGAAUAUUGCUGCUAAAACCCUAUUCUGGGUUGUUUCUAUCGGGACAAUCUCUUAUGGCCUGUUCACUUUCGUCAAACCUGAUGAUAAAAUGCUGAAAAAGCUUAAUGAAGAAUCUAAACAUACAACUCCUAGACAAGUAACCAAGGAAACAUUCAAUAUACUUAAAGAAGCAACCAAUCCAAAUUCAGGUAUAUCUAAAAAGGUAGAUGACAUAUUAAGGGGGACAAAAUGACCGAUAGAACUGCAGUAAUAGAAAGACUUAGUAGGCGUGAAGCUCAGCGUUUGGAAAAAGUACAAAAAGCUCAUAAAGCAAAAGAAGAUGUUGACGCCACAAAUGAAAAUGAAGAUUAUUUCUCUGGUGCAUUUAAAAUUCGGUCCCAAAAUAUAGAACAGUUAUUAUCGCAAGUUCCCACUCUAGAAGUAAAUAUCCUACCUUCCCAUUUUGAUAAUAUCAAGAAAGAGGUGAAUGAGCUACAAAAAUUUGUUGUUACAUCAACAUUCUUCCUCAUGGAAUUUAAUUUACGCAAAUAUUUAGGAAUUGUACAAAAUCUACAAGCUAAAUGUUAUGAAUUAGAAGACAUAUAUGUCCCGCGUAAGAAGUUUGGUUUCUCAAGGAAGAAGCUGCUCAAGUCAGCAAGUCAAAAACCAGAUUCCAUUGAUGAAAACGAUUGUGCCGGUAAACUUGACAGUAACAAAUGGGAUGAAAAAAUGUUUGGUUUUGAUUCUGAAAGUAAUAAAGUAUUGUUGCUUGAAAAUGAUGAGUUGUUUCAAAGAGAUGUAGCUCUACGGAACUUGAAGAACUGCACAAUUGGAUUGCGAGGUGUUAUGGCCACAUUGCAUAUUACAAACUUGGACAAUUGCAUUAUACUGACCGGACCUGUGACAUCUUCAGUGUUUGUAGAAAAGUGCAAUAACUGCACAUUUGUAACCAUGUGUCAGCAACUGCGCAUGCAUAGCUCUGUCAAAUGUGACAUCUAUUUGCAUGUGACAAGUAAAGGCAUUGUAGAGGACUGCACAGAAAUAAGAACUGCACCAUAUAACCUUUACUAUGAGGACCUAGAGAAACAUGUGAAUAUGUCAUCAUUGGACAGAAAUAACAAUAACUGGAAUAAUUUAGACGAUUUUAACUGGCUUGCACCAGAUAUUCCUUCACCGAAUUGGUCCGUAAUGGACCCAAAACAAAGGAUUUCCAAUUGGUCGGAGUGGUGGUCAAAACUACCAUUAUAAUUAUUGCUACUUUAAAGUACUUUAUUAACCAGUCAAAUUAUAUUUAUUUUAACCCUGUUCUGCUAUGGACAUAUUUGAUUAGUCCACUUGCUAACCACAUUAUGUCAACGAAGCAAGUAGUGAUAUAAAAUGUAAAUUCUUAAAGUUAAUCUUUUAAAUUUUAACCAUUUGCCACCAAGUUAAUGUUUUUCAUCAUGGCUUCCAAGUGGACUAAUCAUAAAUUUUUAGUAUAAUAUUUCUGAAUCAUUGUAACACAGGUGCUGAGCUUCAACACAUAAUUAUUAAAUUAGAAUUAGUAAAAUUACAUUGUAACAUCCUAUAUGGGUGACACGCAAUUGAUAAAUUAAAAAAUUACCUUAUUAAUAAA